UGUGUGAAGUGCAGAUCAACAUAGUGUAAAUAUUACGAUCUGGCAAGAGGUGAUCUGUUGUAGAGCCUCAUAGCCGUCGGCAGGAAUGUUCUCCUGUAUCUGUCCUUGUGGCAGCGGAGCGUGAGGAGACGUCUGGAGAAAGUCCUCCUCUGUCCCUGUAGGAGGUGGUGGAGAGGGUGGUCCGGGUUGUCCAAUAUGGACACAAGUUUCUUCAACGUCCUCCUCUCCACCACCUGCAGCCGAUGAUGGAGCCAGCCUUCCUAACCAGUUUGUUAAGACGGCUGGUGUCACCGGCUCCGAUGCUGCUCCCCCUCAGAUUAAUGUGCUGUGGCGUGGCCCUGUAAUAACACACUGGGGCCAGACUGAGGGGGAAAAAACGCGGGAGUCCAUUAAUUAUGGUAAGAGGCCCCCGUCGGCUCUUUGUGUCCAGUUUGUGCCCCAGCGGACCGCCGGAGUCGGGCAAACAAUCGCCUCACAGCCUCCGCGUCAGGAAAGAUGAAGCAACAGGUUUCUCUGGGAAAACAAGGGAGAGAAAGUCAAAUGUUCAAAAUCUAAAUGAUUCUGGUUGGAUGACUGGUUGCUUAACGAGUUAUAUUGCUCCGCUGAUAUUAGUUUCAGUAUCUCUCUGCCUUUUUUAUUUCUCCAACCUCAAGGGCCACUAAGUGGCUUUAAAGCGACACCGCCCUUAUUUCCUCCUCUCACCCUCCUCUCUGUCUCUCGCUUUAGGCACCAAUGAGUCCAGCUUUGUGAGAGGGCAGCAGUCGGCCCCGUGUGCCGGAUGUCUGUGACAGACCCAUGGGCCAGAAGGACCAUGUGGAGGCAGGAGCGGGCCACAUCCUCGACCUGGGGCUGGAUUUGGAGUAUCUCCACGUAGCGGGGUCUGACCGGCAGGCUGGCGGCUCUGACGGGCCCCCCGCUAUGGAGGCGCAGGGGGAGCGCUCCGGCAACGGCAGCGCCGCCGAUUCCCCUCCUCCUGGCGCGGCGGAGGAAAACUCUGGGUCUGAUGCAGAGUGCGAGCCGCCGCCUCCGUCUUCCAGCUCCACCCUCGACGAGUGCGGGUUAACUCAGAGUAAAAACGCCCACCAGCCGCUUUGUCGGGCCCAAUGUGUGGACUUGGGCACCGAGGGUCCUCCCUCGCCCUCGCCAGAGCUUGAACUCAAGUCCCCGCCGAGCUCGCCACGCGAGCACCCGGAGCCUCCUUCCAAUCCCUCGCCGUCGGAGCCGGCGCCCGACGCCGGCGGCAAGGAGUACCAGGCGAAGCUGGAGUUCGCCCUGAAGCUGGGCUACUCGGAGGAGACGGUGCGACUGGUGCUCUCCAAGCUGGGCCCCGACACGCUCAUCAACGACAUACUGGGAGAGCUGGUCAAACUGGGCACCAAGGCGGACGGCGAGCAGCCGGCGGGAUCGUUAGCCUCGACCUCGUCUUCUUCGUCCUCCUCUUGCGGCUGUUUUGAUUUGCUGGACAGCCAGGGGUCGGACUCGGCCUGUCCGCCCGACGCCCUGAGCAACCAGGACAACCUGCGGCCGGUUGUCUUGGACGGCAGCAACGUGGCCAUGAGCCAUGGCAACAAGGAAGUGUUCUCCUGCCAGGGCAUCCAGCUGGCUGUGGAUUGGUUGCUGGAGCGAGGCCAUCACGACAUCACAGUGUUUGUGCCGGCUUGGAGGAAGGAGCAGUCGCGCCCCGACGCCCCGAUAACGGAUCAGGAGAUCCUGCGUCGCCUGGAGAAGGAAAAGAUCCUGGUCUUCACUCCUUCGCGGCGCGUCCAAGGUCGCCGCGUGGUUUGCUACGACGACCGCUUCAUCGUCAAGCUGGCCUACGAGUCCGACGGCAUCAUCGUCUCCAACGAUAACUACCGAGACCUGGCCAACGAGAAGCCCGAGUGGAAGAAGUUCAUCGACGAGCGGCUGCUCAUGUAUUCCUUCGUCAAUGACAAAUUCAUGCCCCCAGACGACCCUCUCGGUCGUCACGGCCCCAGCUUGGACAACUUCCUGAGGAAAAGACCCAUCAUGCCCGAGCAGAAGAAACAGCCCUGCCCAUACGGGAAGAAGUGCACUUACGGCCACAAGUGUAAGUACUACCACCCAGAAAGAGGCGCUCAGCCUCAGCGCGCCGUGGCGGAUGAGCUGCGAGCCAGUGCCAAGACCUGCGUCGCCACAAAGAACCAGGGGGACGCCGGCUUGGUGAAGAGCCACAGCGUGCCAGCUGGCUGCAUCGAGGCGAGGAAAGGCGCCCAGAAAAGGCAGUCGGACCCCAGCACCCGAGCUCUGUCGUACAGCGACGCCGAGGAGAAGCUGGCCAGAGGCCGGGCGGAGAGCAAAGAGAAGAGCGUCGGCAGCGUGAGCGUGGCCCCGGGAGGCCCUCCGGCCAGCUUCAGCCUUCCCCAGGACCAGCAGUGCAGAGCGGUGCCUCCCCACAGUGUGCCGGCCCCCGGCCACGACCUUUACCCUCACUGCGAGUCUCUGGACUUGAGCUACUACUCUGUGACGCGCGCUUACUCCGGCCGGAGCCUCUCCUCCCGGCGGAGCCCGGACUGCCGCUUCCCCAGCGACGCCGACCCGCGCCUCGGCUCGGCGGGCUCCGAGUGCGGCAGCGAGAGCGGCGCGAGCAGCUGCGACUCGUGCGGCGACAGGCCGUGUCCCGGGUGCCCCGCGGAGACCUCGCCGGACGACGGCGUCCAUUUCGCCAAUCCGCACGGUCGGCUGUAUCCCCACCACGACCUGUGCGGCGGCCUUCACCUCGCCGAUUACCCGGCGACACACGGCUGCCACCUGAGGGGGCAGUCCUGCGCUCACGACCAGCCUCCGCCGGAGGCUCACCCGAAGCGGCCCCUCUGCCCGUUGCCCCCGCAUCUCCAGCGCCAGCCCCUGACCGCUCGUUCCAGCUGCCCGGGCGACUACCGCUCUCUAGCCCAGUCCAACCCUCACCCCCCCGGCUCUCCUCUGGGCCGCUGCCUGGCCCCGACGCGAGGGGAGAGCGCGUCCGACUCUCACCUGUACGACCACCUGUCCACGUCGCACCACCACCGGACUAAAGCGCUGCCCGGCUGGGACACGUACUACCGGUCCAGGUACGAGCCGUCCGCCUAUCAGAGUCUGCCGGACACGCGGCAGGCGUCGUCCUGGCACGCCCCUCCCUGGGCACAGGACGGCUACGCCCAGCACCACUCCUCCCAUCCGGCUCUCCACCUGUCCCCGACGCACUACUUGAACCACCCGCCGCCCCGGGCCCACUCUCCUCUCCCGCCCUACGGUGCUCACCUCGCGGCGGCCUCCCACGCGCCUCCCUCCUACAUGCCGCAGCACUCUGAGUCGCCGGCGCACGGGCGCUUCGGGGACGCGAGGGAGAAGGUGUACGUCAACCUGUGUAACAUCUUCCCCCCGGAGCUGGUGAGCCGGGUGAUGGCCCGGAGCCCCCACGUCACGGACCCCCAGCAGCUGGCAGCUGCUAUACUUGCGGAGAAAGCCCAAACAGGCUACUGAAGAACGGAGGGGGGGUUGAUUUUCGAUGUCGCACGGUGGAAUUUAAAAUACUGCGAUGCUUUUGGAUCGUCUACGAGGAGACGAUGCACACGUUUAAAGACACUCCAGCUCUGGUCACGGCGUGUGGGGAGAGAAGCUCCUCUGUUUGACUAGUUGAGGUUGUUCCAGACCUGCCCAGUGAGUCCUUUUUUUAUCAGGUAGCUUAUUAUGGCGUGUCUUUCACAUGCAGGACUUGUUUGUUUUACAAUGAAUUCACAACCUCGUGAGUAUCACUUGCAUACAUCACGACGGAUACGAAGGAUUAUUGAAGCGGUUCCACCACCGAGAGUCUGACUUAAUGCGCACCCACUGUGUUGAGAACUCAGUCAAGCAGUAUUUUAAAAUGUUCUGUUUUCAUGUGUUCGGCACCAGACGGACAAGUUUAACUUCAUAACUGUAAAGAAAAGUGUUUCUCUGAUUUUCUUAAUUUAUCAUGUUAUCUCUUUGUGUGUGUCGCGAGGCCAUUUGUGGGCCAAAAUGCGUGUCUGAAAGACGGUCGUCUUAUUAGAGACGGCGUCGGUAUUUUGGUCAGAGUUGUAGCCGUAGAGAUGGGUGACCCUGUCGUGUGUACCUUAGUUUUAGUAAGGGACUCUCUCUUUCUCUUCCUUCUCUCUCUUUUGUUUGGGGUCAACUCUGGUAUCUGCUACAGACGGAGAACAUCUGGAUCAGUGAAUCCUGUACGUAUUGUAAAUAUAUUUAACCGGUCGUCUGUAGCAGAUCCCAGCUGAAUCCAUGCUGGACAGAGAAAACCCUUGUUUGAUACAAAUUGUAUCAUAUUCAGUACAUGGAGAUCCGUAUCUAUCAAACACUCGCGAUGUAUUGCUGUAUGAUUAAAUGCAUUGACGACAGUUAUAUUGUAAUAGAGAUGUUCCAGCUUUUAAUCUGGCGGAAAUGGCUUUGAGACUAUUGUGGUCUGCCUACUGUGUUUAGGUAUCACACACUCUUUUAUUUGCGCUUGAAGCUGGCUUAUUUGCUACACAAGCUCCAAUGAAAUCCUUUGGUUUCCUGGUUAAAUGCCCGUUUGAAAACAAAAGCGAAGCACUCUCUAGCUUUUUUCUUCUUCAUUAAAUCAGGAAGUAAAUAUACUUUUAAAGUGACAUACAACUUUGACAUGUUAUCAUUAGCUAAUCUAUUGAAUCAUGACUUUAGUGGACAGACCCCAACCAUGUUUCAAAAGUCACGUUUUUACAUUUGGGUCAGUCUCAAAAACCAUUGUGGCCAUUUUAAAAGUCUCUACCUGAAUUUUGAUAAAUGUAUGAAGCAACUUUUGGCCUUUUGCAACAAGAUGAGGUUUUCAUCGAAGCAGAAAUGAUCCACUCCAGAAUAGCUUCUACAACUGGUGACUUGUAGCAGGAUGUUUACAUGGCUAAUCUGCUCUCUUCUUUCCAGACACGUGGGAAGUUUAUAUUUGAUAUUUUAAGGACAAAUAUCUCAAAAAAAGAAAAGGUUUCCACUUGUCCACACGCAGGAAGCACUUAAAGGCUCACGCUGACGUGCCCGUGGCCUAUUGCAUGCUGGGAUAAUCCCGAGGAGGACAUACCCACGUAGGUUGCACUUUUAUUAGUAGCACGAUAUACAUCCAGACGGCUCGUAUCUUUGAGUCGUCCUCCUCUCCGGCCCCCUGGCACCGUGUGUCAGCGUGGCCCCAAAGUAAUGCCACUUCAUGGCAUUGUGCUUAUGACACAUCCAAUACUCUGAACUAUGUUCAGCUUAACUGUUGUGCAUGUUUUGAUUUUGUUUAGUUUGCGUACGUAGCCGCGCUUCCGUCCCGGAGAGUUGAUUUCAGAACAACGCUGUCCUUUGGCAUACUUAAGUCAAGAGGAAAUGUUUUUUUGAUACGUACUCUAUUUUAGAAAGCAUCCAACAUCCUUUGCUCCGGAAGCGCUGAAGAUAUCACAACACAAUGAAAACCCUCUGUUUCAAAUGAUGUAUUAAUAAUGGUGAACUAAUUGAUUCUUGUAACACUCAACUGUGGUUGUUUAUUAAAGAGUACUGCGUCGAGUAAUGGAGGGGGCGUUUCCUCGAGGCUUGCUUCAUUUAGGGGAGGAGCCAAAAAUGAUGACGUCCGACGCCUCGCUGCACCACGUGACUGGUUCAGAUUUUGCCGGGAGGUUUGACAGCAAUAUAAACCCCUCAGGCUCCAUUCAACAUGUGGGUUGAGAGUAUGAUAGGUGAUAAGAUGGAACUGUUAUUUCUAAAUAAAAAUGUCCCCUGUU